AUGCUGGUGUAUGUGAUCCAGGAAAUAGAAGAACUCAGAGGAACCAUUUUAAACAGUGCGAGGAGUUUCAAUGGCGUGAACAACAUCAAGAGCCGAGCGCUUCCGAUGGAUACGAGUUUAUAAAGUUUCAGGAGCUGUUUAUUGCCAUUCAAGACCCACACAGUGGGUCCUACAGAGCCUGAAGACUUCCUUAGAGUAGAGGACGGAAAAAUGAUGUCCCUGGACAAUUUUCAAAGGACAGUCCAGAACCCGAGUAUUCCAUAUGCACGGACUAUAAUUGGGGGUCUUUUGCCUGGAGGGCUUGUGGUCAUACGUGGUUCCGUCCCAGAAGGUGCAGAAAGGUUCCAGAUAGACUUCCAGUGUGGCAAUAGCACAAAACCUCGGGCUGAUGUGGCCUUUCAUUUCAACCCCCGCUUCAAAAAAUCUGGUUGCGUUGUUUGCAAUACCCUACAGAAUGAAAGAUGGGGCUGGGAAGAGAUAACUCACGCAAUGCCUUUUGGGAAAGGAGAGCCAUUUGAGAUUGUUUUUAUGGUUCUGCAUGAUAAAUUCCAGGUAUCUGUAAAUGGAAAGCACUUGUUGAUCUACAAGCAUAGGCUUAACCUUGAAAAAAUAGAUACAAUUGGAAUAUAUGGAAACGUGCAAGUCAGUAGGAUAGGAUUUGUGUCAAAUAAGUCUUUGCAGGGCUCUCAGCCAUCCUUGCUAGGGGCAACAAAGACAAACGCAGGAAAUCAGGAAGAAGUCCCUGAUGCGUCACAGUUUGUAGUUCCUUACAUUGCACGACUUCAUUCUCCUCUUGAGCCUGGGCGAACAAUCGUCGUAAAAGGAGAAGUCAAUGAAAAAGCAAAUAGCUUUGCCAUUAACCUUAAGGCCAGUGACUCAAAUGACAUUGCUCUGCAUCUGAAUCCCCGAAUAAGAGAGAAAGCUUUUGUGAGAAAUUCCUACCUAGACAGCAGCUGGGGAGAAGAAGAAAAGCAGAUCCCUCAUUUUCCUUUCAGUCCAGGAAUGUACUUUGAGUUGAUAAUACUCUGCAAGGCCCAUGAGUACAACAUUGCAAUCAACGGUGUGCACGCCAUAGAGUACAAACACCGGUUCAAACAACUUGGAAAGAUCAGCAUCCUGGAAAUCCAUGGGGACCUUCGACUGCUGGAUGUGAGGAGCUGGUAACCGUGAUGCAGUACGUGUGUGUUACUUUCAAAGUGAUUUUAGAAAGGUCUCCUUGAAUCCCUUCCUCUAAUCUUGAGGACAUUGAGCAGCAUUAAACUUGAUCCAUCUACCGCAGCAAAAAUAUAUAUACUGGAUGCAGAUUGCUUACAAAAACCUUUCUGUAUUUGUCCAUGGAAAUCAACUGACAUAUCUAAAAACUAACCAUAGCUUGCAGAAUAAACAUACUGUUGAUUCACAGUGUAAUACUAAGUUAUAAAUAGUUACCAGCUGUUGCUACUAAAAUUGUGUAUGCUAAAUUCAA